AUGGUCCUGGGGUUCAACCCCCUUUUCCGCCUUGCAGGGCUAGACAGCGAUGGAGAUGACAUAGAAGCUGCUGGCGGGCAUAGCCAGAGUCAUGGCGCGGACGACAGGGGCCCCAUUGUGACUGGAGAAGAGGAAGAAGAAGAGAAAUACAGUGAUGAGGAAUUCGGCCCACCCGAACCCCGUCUAGCAAACCCACACACUGCUGCUGGCGGCGAAGGAGAAGAUGAAGAGGUUUAUUCCGACGAAGGUAUAUCCCCUACCACCGUGGAUGAUCCUUCGAACAGCCCAGUACCUUUCAUCCAGCCCAAACUACCAAAUACGUUUUUGGACUUCGACUCUCUCGACGGAAUCCCUCCAGUCAAACCCGCUUUCAAUGUACCACCCUCAUUGCUUCCGGCCGCUCCCUAUAUUCUCAACAAACACACCAAAGACAUCUACGUUCCCGCUCACCUGAACCAGUUCUUGAAGCAAUAUCAGAGGGAAGGAGUGCAGUUCUUAUUUGACCGGUAUCAAGCUGGGUGGGGAGGAGUUUUGGGAGAUGACAUGGGACUGGGGAAGACCGUUCAGGUGAUCGCAUUCCUCUCCGCCAUAAUGCGGAAGAGUGCCACAGCUACUCAAGACUACGGGAGACGGAAGCGCACGUUACGUCAGAGUGGAACGGGGACCAUCAGCCCACAGCGCUGGCCAACAGCUUUGAUCGUCUGUCCAAAAUCUCUAAUAGGCAAUUGGGGCUACUUUGAAUACGAAGUCCUGGGUCCCGACAACUCGGAAAAGACUCGUACUGCUUUGGCCAAAGGCUAUCUCGACAUCCUACUCAUGUCGUAUGAUACUAUGCGAGGCCAUAUCAAUGAUGUCAAGGAUCUCCCCUUCACCGUUCUCAUAGCCGACGAAGCUCACCGCCUCAAGGAGCCACUCAGCAUGACAACAUUGUCCAUCAAGAAGAUCCAGACCCGAAUAUGCUUUGCUUUAACCGGAACGUUAGUGCAAAAUAGAAUCGAUGAGAUGUGGUCUGUCCUUGACUUUGCUCAUAGAGGCUGGGCCGGCACCUCCCAAGAAUGGAUAGACUUUGUGGUAGAUCCUAUCAAGACUGGGCACCAGUCAGAAGGCACGGCACAGCAGGUGGUUGAAGCUAUCCGUCGGCUAGGUAUCAUGACCACCAAGGUUUUACCUCAUUUCUAUCUGCGCCGAGAUAAGACACUCUUGUCUGAUAUCCUACCCAGAAAGACAGACCUUGUUGUGUUUUGUCCCUUGACCGGCAAGCAACAAAAAGCCUACACAAACAUCUUAGCCUCUGAUGAGAUCGCCAGGCUCAAGCAGCUCAACGCCCCCUGUCCUUGUGGUUCCAGGAAACGUUCUGCGCGAUGUUGCCAGUUGGCUGAGGAACAGUAUCUCACUGAAGUGCUAUUCAAAUUCAUGACUGCCCUGUCCAAGGUUGCUAAUCAUUUUGGUCUUCUGUAUCCAGGUAUGUCAUCUUUAUCUCCUAGAGAAACGAACAUGUUCUUUUACAAAAUAUGUACUGGAUCCGACACUGUCUCAAAAGAGCUUUCCAGUAUGCAAGCUGCCCUUGACACCGGCAAUUGUGGCAAAUGGAAAGUGCUAGAAAGACUUUUGACACAAUGGAGAGCUGAGCCUUGCAAAAACAAAAUCCUCCUUUUUUCAAGCUCGGUUCGUCUCCUCAAAAUGCUGGCCAAGCUUUUGCGAAGCUCCUCUCUACUCUCCAGCUUCCCUGUAGAUAUGCUUACAGGAGAAGUGGAUAACGAGGAACGUAUGAGAAUGGUUGACCGUUUCCAGGAUCAAAAGCAAGACCACUUUGUUCUCCUGAUCAGCACCAAAGCAGGAGGUGUUGGACUAAACCUCACUGCGGCGAACAAAGUGGUCAUCUUCGACCCAAGCUGGAAUCCUGCGGAUGACCUUCAGGCAAUGGAUCGAGCUUUCCGAAUCGGACAAGAACGACCUGUGGAUGUCUACAGGCUCAUUGCCCUAGGGACUAUUGAAGAGGCAAAAUACGAGCGCCAAAUCCACAAACAGCAGAGUGCAAAGCAAUUCAAUGAUGGCACUUUCGAGCCCCGCCAUUUUCAAGGUUAUGAUGGUGCUUCCACUCUAGAUGCACAGGGAGACCUGUAUGGUGCCCAUAAUUUGUUCAGAUAUGAACCGAAUGGGUUCGUUGCUCAAAACCUGGAGGAUGGGAUCUGUGAUGCCGGAGACGCAUUUUUGGAAGAGGAUCAUGAAGACGACCAAGAGGGUGAGGACGAUACUCACGAGGGCAGCGACCGAGUGAAGCAGGGUGGCUCGCAGCAGAAAAAAAAAGGACGAUCAGCAGAUGAGCACGCAAAGGCUUUGAUGGAAGAUGUCCUGGGACUCUCAGACAAUCCUGUAGCUACCGUUAAAGUAGCCAAGGACAUACUGGACGAACUAGGACUCACUAGCAUUGUGCAUGACAAAGCCUUCCAGGAUUCUCCCGAAGAGCGACAAAUCUAUGAAUUGGGUGUCAAUCUGCUCCGCGACAAUCCAGAGUUGGCCAAGACGAUGAAAGCAAACGAACUUGCCCCAAAGAGGAAGAAGCGUCCACGGGAGAUUGCCGGUGGUAAUUCGCACAAAGAUAAGGAUGGUGGAAGGCAAAAGUUGAGUGAAAAGGCAUGGAAGCGACCGGGAGGGCCGAAUCAAACAAGGAUUGAGCUGAGUGACGAGGAGUGA